AUGAAUAUUUCAUUCUCUGCACUUGGACAUGAAAAGUGCUUCACUUGUGCCGCAUUCAAAAAUCAUGAAAGCAGUACCAAUCACGACUCCAAGAAUUUGGAAAAUCACUGCGCCGACUGUAAAUCAUGGAAUAAAUAUAUUGGAAUGGCGAAGUCAGCUCGACAACAAUAUCCAAUUGACGCUGAAGCUGAUAAUCCCAAUAUACUGGCAUGUUUAGCAGAUCUUCAGAAGGAGGCGAUUUUCGUACCUCAUAUCAUUGCUUUCAAUGAAAGUAUUGGGCCAAUAGGAAAGAAAACAAAAAUUUCCCACGGCAGUAAUUUGGCACGAAGCCUUGUCAGGACGUUCCAAACAAGACAUCAUUAG